UUCCUUCUGUCUACAUUAUUUCUAACCAAUUGAUUUAAAGCCGGGCUCUAAGGUAUGCUUCUUUUUUGCAGGAUUAAGAAGGCCAUGGAACGGGAUGGCCACAGUAACCCAAGUUCAAGCUGCGAGGUCAAAGCUGUGGAAGAGAAUAUCAUCCACCUAGUGCUCUACAUCCCCAUCUUCAUCUUGGGGUUGCCCUUCAACUUACUGGCCCUUUAUAUGUUCUGUGGCAAGAUUAAGAAAUGGACUGAAUCCACCAUUUACAUGAGCAACCUUGCUUUGGCAGAUAUUCUAUUGUUGUUCUCCCUUCCUUUUAAGAUGCUCAACCAAGAUAAUGGUUGGCCCUUUGAAAUGGCCUUCUGCUCCUUUGUAGAAUCCAUCUACUUUGUCAAUAUGUAUGCCAGCAUUUUCAUCAUCACCUCUAUUAGUAUUGACCGUUAUGUCGCUAUCAUCCAUCCUUUGAAAGCAAGAGCCUUCCGAUCACCCCGGAAUACCUUGAUGAUCUGCUUCCUUAUUUGGGUCUUUGUCUGGCUGGGAAGCAUCCCUGUUUAUCAAUUUCACAAUGAUUUAGGCUACAAUUAUACCACAAACAAAACAUUUGCCUGCUUCCAUGGGUUUUCUGAUAAGUCCUGGAAUCCAGCAAUAAUUAUUUCUGUGGAGCUGGUGGGCUUUAUGAUCCCGCUAACCAUCAUCACCUUUUGUUCAGUUCAAAUCAUGAGGAAACUUUUGCAGAGGAAAAGUGACAUCCCUGGAAGCUGCAUUAGAAUCAUCAGUGUCAAUCUGGCAACCUUUAUCUGUUCAUUUGUACCUGCCCACCUUGGCAUCUUUCUCCAGUUUUUAGUGCGGCAGGACAUCAUUGGCCAAAAUAAUUGUUCAGAACGAAUUGCCAUUAGCCUAUUCGUACAGAGCAGCAUGUGUAUAGCCAAUAUCAAUUGUUGUCUGGACGCUAUAUGCUAUUAUUUUGUAGCAAAGGAAUUCCGUGAACAAGGCUCACGCACCAAACGGUCCUUGGCUAGCAUUUUCUCAAGUAAUUCUUUGUGAGUGUUUAACCAAAUACAGUUCCAUGCCUUCUUGGUACAUAUGAUGCUCUUGGCAUUUUGGUAGUUCUGCGUACUCCACACACCAUGGUGGAUUAAUUGGCUAGUUAUUCAGUGCAUUUUCUUUUGAAAGAACAAACAUAUUUACAGUGCCUUACGCGAUAUAUGGAUAUCCCAUCAUGUUUCUCAGCAAAUGUAACAUAUUUAAAACUGUAGGGACAUGACAGCCACUGAAGGAUUUAACAAGAAGCAGUAAGAUUAUAACCAGAAAAUGUCUCUUAGGUUUCAGAAUAAAGGAUAAAUGUUUUACUAGAUACCAAUAAUAAUGCUGCCCAACCACACAUCACCCCAGACUCUGUUUUGAUGGACAAUCAGGGCUUUGGUUUAACAGUUCUUCUCAUAGAUGCCAUAUCUUGUAGCAAAAAUCAUAGAAGUACAGCACGAAUAUUGAUUUAGGUUAUUUGCUCAUCUCUGAAGUAUAAUUUGAACCCUUCAACUCUUGACUCAGAGGGAAGAAUGCUGCCGCUGAACUCUCACAACUUCUGUUCCAAACCAUGAAGACCCUGACUAGUUGUCGAAACCCCACAAGUUCCUAAAAGAUUCAAUGGCUAUUCUGCGCACAACUUGAUCCCAGGAUCAGUAUAUUUUGGGGUUGGAUAAUCAUUGUACGUGGUUUCUUUAUGAAUAGUGGUGGAAACUUCUCAAGGAUUCAUCGAGGACAUAAUUCCCAUUGACUAUCUCUUGAGAGAACGGAACCAUUAAAUAUUAUACAUUAAUAUUUGGAUUGCAUCUUUGCUUCUGCUAAUUCUUACAACAGCAGACUCUAACCUGAGAAUCAAUUUCAGGCUGGCAAAUUUGUGAAUGGAUUCAGGCUUUUUGCAAUGCAUCAGUAUCUAAGCUUAAAGCCACCCAGGCCGAAGCAACAGGUCUGAAUGAUGUUGUGUCCAUUAUCUUCAACAUUUGAUCAUCUACAAAAUUAACUCAAGUAAUUCAUCAAGGCUUCUAUAACAGUACCACCAGAAUGUACAAGUGUUGUGAUUUAGCAGAAAACCACAACCGGUGUAUGAGAGCACCCCCAUCCGACAAUGCCCUUCCAAGGCACACGGCAUCCUGACUUGGAAAUAGAUUGUCACUCCUUCAUCGUUGCUGGGACAGAGUUGUUGAACGCAUUGCCACAAUUAUCAGACUGCAAUGGUUGAAGAACCAUGCUCGCCAUCACUUUUUCGAAGACAAUUAUAGACAAGUAUUAAAUACUGAUAUUUUCAGCAACACCGAGAACUUGUGAGUAAAUAAGAAAGGAGAACCAAAUGCAGAAAACUGUUUUUUUUUAAUGUAUAGCUUGUUGUGAGAGCCCUAGC